GCCUUCUGAACCUUCGAAUGUCUGCAGGGACAGCGCUCUUCCCGAGUGUACAGACACUCGCUGCGCUUGCUGGCGGCCGUCCUGGUUUCGGAGUUUGAGGAGCUCUCGAAGGUUUCGCCUUUCGAGAGCGAGUUUCUCGUCAGUUUUCUUCUAGGCAGACUUCUCCAAUAGCCAAGGACGAGGGGAGAGAAAAGCUGAGAAGAGGCGCCGGAGACAGGAGACAAGCCGCGUUCUUUCUCUCGUCUCCAAACUCUCUCUUGUGUCUUGUCAACUGCUCUGCAAACGAUCUGUAAAAAGAGCAUUUUUCCGUCGUCAAUUGAACCUGCCAUGCGCUUCUGAUUGCAUCCUUCCUCAGGUUCUCUCCGUCUUGAAACUGUUCUUCGUGGAAGCGAAUUUUCCUCCACUCCUCCCUUGGUCGUUUCACUCCCCAGAAUUCGCGCGCCCAGACACACUCUCAACGCUUUCCUUCUCGCUGUCUCUUCUCUCGCUCUCGGCCUGCGUUUUCCUUUCUUCUCUUUCUUCACUUCUAUUCAGCUCCAGUCCACGCGUCUUUUCUUCUUUUUCUUCUUCCUAAGGCGCCCCCUGCCGUCUGCUUCUCGUCGCGGCAUCUCGGUUAAUCUCUGUCGCCUCGCGUUUGUGUCUGUGUGCCUCCCUCCUCUUCUUCUUUCUCUUCAUCUCUCUGUUGUUUCUCGUCUCGCUCUGUUCCUUCCCUUCUCUUCCGGAGUCUUGUUUUCCUCUUAGUCUUCCUCGCUGCUUCUCUAUUUCUCCCUCCUGUCUCCCAUCUAUCUCUCUACGUUUCCUCCUCUUCUCUUUCUCUCCUCCUCGUCUCUCUUCUUCUCUCUGAGCCCCCUUACGCGAAAUGACGACUGCCGAGAACGAGGAGACCUCCGAGGAGCUGGCCGCUGCGGUGGUGCAUGCCGCAGAAGAUGAAGGAGGGUGCUCUAGAGAAACUCUCGCGGAAGUCGAGGAACUGGGUCCGCAGCUUCAGACCGAGUUGAACCGAGCGCGAGACUUCCUGCAAAGGACUCUGCGGCGCAUGGCUGUCUAUGCGACGCGCGCCUUGCCGGCCCUCAGCGCGGACGCGUCCACGCGACAGCAAGAAGAGCGACGGGGAGAACGAAAGCGGCUGCGAGAACGUGAGGCGGCGGCCAUCGCGUCGGCUGUCCAUACAGCGGAGGAGCUGUGGCGAGCGGAACGGGAGAUUUUCGCGCCUUUCCUCGAAAAACAGACAGAGGCAGGAGAGGCCGAUGACGAAGAGCCUGACGCCGGCGUCGUCGCGCGAGUCCAACGAAGGUUGAAGAGAGCUCGCGGCAGAAAGACACAGGCUCCGGAAACAGAAACUGAACGCCGCUUCCUGCUGAACAGACCGUUGCCCGCAGCGAAGCUCGAAAACGACCCUUGCUUCAACAUGAUCCAGCGCAUCUGCGGGGACCGGCCUGCUGACUGCUCUGCGGUUGACGACGUCGAGCUGCGAGAGAGCGACGGCGAGGAGAGCGAAGAGGACGCAAGGGCAGAUGCAGAGCGAAAGCGGUUUCUCAAGGUCCCCCUCGUUUUUUUCAGGUGCCCGAUAACUCAGGAGAAAUUCACCGAGCCUGUCUCGACUCGGUUCGCGCCCGACGGCCAAGCCUGCGUCCACGUCUUCGAGAAGGAGGCGAUCCUCGCUGCGCUGCGACGCUCCAACGCACCAGGCUCGGUGGCCUGCCCAUUCGCAGGCUGUCGGGCGACGAUUCGCGCAGCGAGCCUCCAGGAGGACGUCGAGACGAAGCUGCGCAUGCAGCACGAUGCUGUGAAGGAGGCACAGGAGGCGCUGGACCGAGAGCCUUCGGCCGUGGCGCUCUUGGACGCUCCUGCGGAGGAAAGCUGAUUCGGCCUAUAUUGGGAGAAGGAAAUCUCGGCAGCCACUGAAGAACUGAGAAAUAGACAACGAGGGGGAAGAUAGACCCACUUCAGGGAGAAAGAAGGAAGGACCGAAUUUGGAGACAACGAGAGAUCAAGAGAGAGAACUAAGGCAGGGCUUCUUUUUGCAGUCGCAUAGCGAAGUUCCCUUUUUCCUCGUUGAAACGAACAUCUAAAUUUGGAGAGAUAACUUGUGAGAAUGGAGAUGUCUGGCUGUUUUUGACAGCACAGAGAGCCGCGCGUCACGAGAUUUUCCUGCUGGAGGGAAAAGCGCGGGGGGACUGUGGAGGCACAGAGUUUCUCCUUGUCGGUUGCUCUCCGUUGUCGCGUCUCAAGACGGUACAACGUGCGUGAACGACGCAAAACAUAUGUUUCCUUGUCAUCUUUUAAAUCCGAGACGC